CACCUUUGCGACAUCGACAAAACAUAUCACAGCUGACUAUCAUCACCAGGGUGGAGACGUGCACUGGGAUAUAUUCGGUUGAUAUUCGUUAUUUGGUGACUUGUGAGCUAUUUUAUAUAUAGAUAACAUGAGUGAGGGACGUGAUGCGGACGAGGAUGUGCUGAAUGACUACUGGGUGACUACUUGGGAGCAGCAAACAGCACAGGAGUUGGAAAGCGAGGCAGACCACCACCAACACCUUCAUGCUGAGGCAGACGCAGCCAACGAGAAAAUGUGGGCGCUGUUCCAGAGUGCUGCCCAGUGUGUGGCUGUCAUGUAUAAAGGUGCAGCAGACAGCCAACACUCUAUGUGGGUUCCCUUUCAAACUGCUGCUGGUCACAUCACAGCCCUGUAUAAAGAUGCAGUAGAGUCUGUUCGGCGUAGUGGUGAGAUUGGUGUACAAGCUGGAUAUCAACGUCGAACCAGAGAGGUACUCAAUUGGGCUAGACGAAGAAGACAUAUUCGCCGUGAAGAACUGAUAGCAUUUUUGGCUGGAAAAUCACCACCACACAGAGCUUCACACCUUAGAGGGUCUCCACGAACACGCAUCUCCUUGGAACGCAUGAGUCCACGCUUGCCAAGUCCUCAUCACACACACAUGCACUCCCAUGCCCACAAUCCAGAUCCAGAUCUUAAUACUUUCAGGGAAGCUCUUGGAAUUUCAGGUCAGCCUAGUUUAAAUGUACGCCCACCACCAGUUGGGUCGCCCACACUAUCCUCACGACGCCGAAACUCAGCGCAUCUGCCAGAGCUGCAGGCAUUUAUUUGUGACGAAUUUGCAAGAAAUAAGCGACCAGCACCCUCCUCAUCCCCAACCCACGAUGUCACUAUGGAUUCGCCCCAGCACAAACGUUCUCGUUAUACCUAAGAACCUAUUAUAGGCUAGAUAAGUUUUCCGUUAAAAAACCUAUUUCAGCGUGCCUAAGAAUCAAUAUUUCAGCGGGUAAGUUUUUUAUGGAAAGAAAUGGUGUAAAAACUAUUCUGGCUUGGUGUUUCCUGUUGGACUAUGGAAUCAUUAAGUUACAUGAUUAAUUUCUCGGGUGGUUUGUGGGAGUGUUGCAGAAAAAAUAAGAUUUUGGCUCAAACUAGGUGAGUGGAAGUUACAGGACAUAGCCAUGUAUGACAAUUAAUUGAAAAACUCCAAAAGUUUAUUUGGAUUAAAAUGAACCAAACAUUUCACAACUGAAACAUUGCUAUGUACAUUCACCCAUUAAUUUACCCGGUGGAAUGUCUUCAAGAUAAAAUCCAUUUCUUCAUGCUCGUAGCGUGAUGUUUUUGUUUUUAAAUACUGUUCUUGUGCCUAUUUAUUGUAUAUAUUUUUGAAGUUAAUGUUUUAAGAUGCUGAGUUAAGUCUCAAAUCGAGCACAAAAUAUUCAAUAUUAGGAAGUAAUUCCCACAAAACGCCUAAUAAAUGGCAUGUUCUUUCUGCUCCAUUCUGAAUUUAACUUUAUGAAAUAGAAAAUGCAUUAACUUCAACAUUAAAAGGUGCGAUGAAAAUGUAAAAAAUAUAUUAACAAAUUGUAAGAGUUUUUGGAAUAAUUUAUGCCACUGAAACAUUAAAAGACUGCUUAAAUUGAGCAUAAUAGUAUUUAAAAGGAUCAAGGAUGUAAAUACAUUCUCACUUGAAAAUUUUGAGAUAUAUUCAUAAUUCAUAUCAUCAUUCAUCCCUGUUUCAUCCUUGGUGCUUGAACAUUUAUUGCUUCACUGAUUGGAAAUACCUUGUAACUUCCUGUGACUCUUGGAUUACCCAUAUACGAACAUUGAUCAGUGACAACACAGUUUACUCAAGUUGGUAAAAAAAAUUUUUGGUGAGUGAUUAAAUGCUUAAAUAAUGAUUUUAUUCUUGUUUUAAAAAGUUUCUGGUUUGAAUUAUAUCUCCAUGGACAUUGUUUUAGAGAAAUUAAUAAAGCAAUCCCCAUGGUUUAUUUCUGCCAACCAGUCAAGUGCUUGUCUGUAAACAUUGAAGAUGGAAACGAUAACAAUCAAUGUUCGUAUAGAGGACCUACCUCAGACAGAGUAUUUCAAGUCCACACACCAGCAGAAACUGUCCAGUAUUAAAUUGUUUCAUUAGGGAUGCCCUAUAUACUGUUAACUCCCAAUUAAUUGUAAAUGUAGAGAAUUGCAAAGAAAAUAUAGAACUGUCAAUAAUAUAGCAAUCAUUACUCAAUCGGUUAAUUUAAUUAUCCACCAGUACAGAGUACUGCUAUACUGUACAGUAUAUAUAAAGAAAAUUAAAAUUCAUGGUUGGUGAUACAGAAUAGCUUCUUAAACAUGGAUAACUAGAUGGCCCAGAAUGAAAAUUAGAAUAUCAGAAAAGUUAUCUUUGUGUUCGGAGAUCUGUUAUGUAAAUUACAAAGUAGGUGUAAAAUUUGUCUGUUACAGUAUUUACACUAAUACAUUGAAAGAAAAUUAGUUAUGAAUUAUAGCAAUGUAACUUAUUCAGAGAUCAUCUUUUUGUAGUCCGGUAUACAAUUCAGAAUAGGGAAAGUUGAAUGCAUAAUAAUUUCAUUAAUCUCAAAAUAUGAAUUAAUUUUGCGGUGGGUGUACCAGAAUUGUGACAUCACUGCCCUUACAAACACUUCGGAAGAUUUUAAUAAUUUUUGUAUUUGUUAAUUAGUUUGUUAAUGUUGUAAGAGUACUGUAUAUUAUUAUGGGAAUUUGUUUACUAAUCAAGAACAACUUUAGUAAGAAUUUAUACUUUUUUUUUUUUUUUACGUGCACUGUAUGUUUACAGUAUUUGUAACAUACUUUAGCAAUGCAUGAAUCUUGACCAAUUCGCAUGUCAGUUCCCCGAUUUUCCACAGAAUGGUACAUGAAGAUCCUUCUCAUAAACACUUUGGUUGCAUGUAGUUUAGGAGGGAAAAACUUUGCAUCAACACACAAAACAAGGAAGUGAAUUGACAAUAAUGCCUUGUGUUGUUGUCCAUGUAAAGCAGUUGCUCUUUGCUCACAACCUUGAGAAUAAUAUAUGUAAAAAAUAGUUGCUGGAGUUUCCUUUGCAUAUUGGGGGAAUAGUAGGAGUACAAAAUCAAGAAAGAGGUAAAACAAACUGAACUGACAGUUGAUAAUGAUAAACUUUUAUGAAAUUGUGUAGUUGACCAUUACAAGUGACAAUUCUUGAAGAUCAUGUUUAAGUCACCAACAGAGAACAAAUGGUUUGCAGCUUAUAUUCCAUAAAUUCUUUAAAACAUAAAUGAUGCUUGGAACCUAUACGGUAUUAGUUAAUCGACUCUAAUCAGAAUAGAUGUUAUAAAAUGUAAAUUUCUUCAAAGUUUGAGGUGAAAAUAAUAUAUCCACAUUCCAUCUUGGCUAAGUAGCAAGAAACAGGUACAGCAAACCCGAAGUGCAUAAGAGUACUGUAUAGACUGAAGGAGAAGAUAUAAAGCUCAGUGUAAAUAUUAGAAAGGAUGAAAAGCUCAGCUAAUUGUUUAUGUUUCAUACACUCUUCUUCAGUGUAUGUGGUCUUUGCCAUUCCACUGACAUGCCACUAUUUCUAGACCUUAACUACUCAAUUACUAACUUAAUCCACCUUUUAAAUGGUCUACCUCCCUUUGGCUUUGGAUUAUAUUAUCAUAAUUCAUCAUCACCAGUCUCAUUCAUCACAAGCUCUGCAUACUUAGUAAUAUGAUAACUUGUGUUUGUGUGUUUAUGUAAUGAGUUUUCUAAGUUCACAGUGGACUUAAAAGUCAUUUCAAUAUUGUUAGUUUUCUGCAAAACAGUUAAGGGGAGUUACUGUAUAUAAUUAAUGGUUAUUAUACCACAGGAAGUUUAUAAGUAUAACCAACAAUGAAAAAAAGGUAAAUGAGGUUAAGCUAUGAUGAUUAACUGGAGAUAAAGUCAUAUGUUUUAAUGUUUUUAGUGAAAAAGAAGCCGAAAGUUAGAGGAUUUAAGCAACAUGAUACCUCUUCUUUUUUUUCUUUUUUUUUGAUACAUAUAUUGUACUGUAUGCUCUGUAUGAAACAUGUAAACAAGUAGUGAUUACGGUGUUUUUCAGUGAUGCACUUUGUAUGCAAAACUAGUCUCAUACAGGAGUUUUGCUUACCCUGUACAUGCUUUUCAUAUCCCUGACUUGACCUAUUAAACAAAGUUUUCCUUCUAUAUAGCGUUGUAAUAUUGCUUAUUUAUCUGCAGUGUAUUUUCAAAUGUUUUUCAAAUCGGUGAUCUCUUAGUUAUGAUCAAGAUUUGAAAUAAAAAAAACUACACAUUUUGUAAACAUGUAUGUUGCCCUCAACAUAAAGACUGGAGUAUAUUGUAGGGAAUGUGGUUGGUUAACGAAGUCAAUUUGUUGGUGUAAACAAUAUAAAAAUUUAAAAAUCCAGGCAGUCACCAAGUUACAAACGCCCGACUUAUGAGCACCUGUAACUUACGAACGGGAUCUCAAUAUAUAUAUUCAUAACAAAAAUCUGUUCCAAAGUACGAGCAUUUGCUGGUACAUAUGAACGGUCAAGGUAGUUAUUUAUUUUUCCAUUACUUUAUAUUAUUUAACAUCACUUUAUUUACAGUAAUUACAUUAUUUGUUGUGUGGGAUACAGUAUUAUUGUUGUUUUGUAUGGGCAGGGUUAUGUUUUAACCUAACCUAUGGAAUUAACAUCGUUCUGACUUACGAAAAGAUCCAAUUAUGAACAGAGUCCAGGAACAUAACUCAGGGACUGCCUGUAAACUGUAAAUAUCAGUGAGACAAAUGUUUCUACUAUUAAACACAUCUUUAAGUACAGUAUGCUCUAUUAAAAUACUAUAGUAUACAUACAUUUGAAUGGGAGAUUUGUGUAAUUAGCAUCAAAGUAAUAUUAUAUUACUUAAAAUGUCUUGUGUAUUGGGGAGAGGAAAUGGUUUAUUGUUCUCAGGUUUAUAUAUAGAUAACUUGAUAGAUGAAAUAUGAUAUACUGUACUGUACAUUUGUUUAUUUACAGUAGUGACCUAGAACACGUCUUUGAACUACAGUAUGUAGAUUCUCCCACCAUUAUAUAUAUAUAUAUAUAUAUAUAUAUAUAUAUAUAUAUAUAUAUAUUGAAAAUGACUUGCAAAUUUACUCUGCGAAGUUCAUGUAACAAAUAACUGAGAUUUUUUAUGUUUCGAUUAUUUCCUUUGUGGUGGCGAGGGGCAGUCCAUGUUCUUAUUUACAUACUUUCUUAACUCUGUCCUUACUCCAUAAUUUAAGAUUCUUCAGCAAUUAUUCCCCUUCAUUCAUCGAAAUUUUAACCCUAUCGGUAAGAAUGCCACAUGUGUAUGAUAAUAGCCAUUGGCUGUGAAACAAUAAUUGUCAUAUACUGUACAUGAUUAUCACGAGGCUUUUAAAAUUUCUUGCACUAAAUCAGGCAUUAGUUUUUGCAACAAAUACCUCUUCCAUCUUCAGACCAUACUGUGUACCAUUAUUUUCACAGUGAAUUACAAUAGGACCUCUGGUUAUUCAACUGACACUUUGUGACAUGAGACGGUUCACAUCAAUAUCAUAUGAUGCAGCCUGUUAACCUUCUUGUGGGCUAGCAGAUGCUUCUAUAAGGGUGCAAUUUGGGUCUGGAUUUCUCUACCCAGUGUUUAUUAAAAUGAAAAAAAAAAAAACGUUCAUGUUACCUUGAAAGAUG